UCAUCAUCACCUUCAUCUUCAUCAUCAUGGCCGACUGGACCGACUGUCUGAACUUUGGGAUUUCUAUCGCUAAGCAGGCCAGUGAGGUGGUUCUACCAGCGUUCCAUCAGCAGAAAGACGUGAAGCUGAAAAGUUCUCCGGCUGAUCUGGUGACAGAAACGGAUCAAAGAGUCGAGAAGAUCCUGAUCUCUGCCAUCAGGGAACGGUUCCCUCACCACAGGUGCAUCGGGGAGGAGGCGGUGGCGGCGGGGGAGCGUGUGCAGCUCACCGACGCUCCGACCUGGAUCAUCGACCCGAUCGACGGAACCGUUAACUUUGUCCACAGGUUUCCAUUCGUGGCCGUCUCCAUCGCCUUCACCGUCAACCAGCAGACGCAGUUCGGGAUCGUGUACAGCUGUGUGGAAGACAAACUGUUCCACGCUGUCAGAGGAGGCGGAGCCUUUCUGAACGGAGCGCCGCUGCACGCCUCUGGACAGGAAGAUAUCAGCAGGUGUGUGGUGGUGACGGAGAUCGGAGCGGAGCGCGAUGACCUCGCUCUCUCCACGAUGACGUCAAACAUCUUCAGACUGCUGAAGCUCCCGGUCCACGGGGUGCGUGCUCUCGGCACCGCGGCGGUCGACAUGUGUCAGGUGGCGACGGGCGGAGCGGACGCUUACUUCCACAUCGGGAUGCACUGCUGGGACAUCGCCGCCUCCGCCAUCAUCGUGCAGGAAGCUGGAGGCGUUGUCACGGAUACGGACGGUUCGGCGUUCGACAUGAUGUCCAGGAGAGUCAUCGCGGCGAGCUCCUCCGCCGUGGCCAAUCGCAUCGCUCAGGUGGUGCAGGCGUUCCCCUGUCGCCGUGACGACGAGGAUCCCGACAGUUGCGAAGCCGCAGCUGCGAACGGACUGUAGGUCAGCUGACCAAU